UGCGCAUUCUUCGUCUGGGGGCUUCCUCGCACGUUCGAGAGCAGUUUCUCGCCCCCCUCCAUCCCACUUCAAUGCUAACAGCCGAUGUUGCAGAAACAGCCCAGCUCAUCCGCAACCAACCCUCUCUCACCAUGGAGGGCGCCUUCAAUCAUGUAGGCAACCACCUUGUCUCCGACUCAGCCGCUGCGAUCAACGCUGGCGCCGAUGACCUUUCAGGCCUGGGACCCAGCGAUGGUCUUUUCUACAGCAAGGCUCCUGGCGGCAGCACCAGCCGCCGUCUGAAUGAUGACGAAAACCGACUCGAACCAUACGACGACGACGACAAGGACAGCGUCAGCACCCCUGUCGAUCCUAUCACCGGUCUCAAGAUGAACGGGCACGAGGAAGAGAAGGAGCUGCCGGAGCAUGCUUGCGCGUGGGUCCCACGUCCCCCUUCCUAAGAAGUAGAUUUGUGACUGACGUUUCUCAGAUACUGUGGAAUCCAUGCCCCCAGCAGUGUCGUCAAGUGCCUUGCCUGCAAGAAAUGGUUCUGCAGCGCCAAGGGCAACUCUACCUCGACCCAUAUCGUGAACCACCUCGUUCGCGCCCGCCACCGAGAAG